ACAGUUCAGUAGUGUUUUGGGCGGAUGAGGCGGUGUGCGGUGCCGCAUCUUCAGGACCCCGUGCACCACGUACGAUGGCCUCUUUGGCCACGGUUUUUUUGUGCGUCGCGACUCUCUUUUACGGACCCUUAGUGGACGCUAAUCCGGACGCGAAGAGGCUCUACGAUGACCUCCUCAGCAACUAUAAUAAAUUGGUGCGACCCGUGGUGAACACUUCCGACGUGCUCCGCGUGUGUAUUAAAUUGAAACUCUCCCAGCUGAUUGAUGUGAACUUGAAGAACCAGAUUAUGACCACCAACCUAUGGGUGGAGCAGUCUUGGUACGACUACAAACUGAGAUGGGAACCGAAGGAAUACGGAGGUGUUCACAUGCUCCACGUUCCGUCGGACCACAUUUGGAGGCCGGACAUCGUAUUGUAUAAUAACGCUGACGGCAAUUUCGAGGUCACCCUUGCGACGAAAGCCACAAUUUAUCAUCAGGGAUUGGUGGAAUGGAAACCUCCGGCAAUCUACAAAUCGUCCUGUGAAAUUGACGUGGAGUAUUUUCCGUUUGACGAGCAGACGUGCGUUCUCAAGUUUGGCAGUUGGACGUAUGACGGGUUUAAGGUAGAUUUGAGGCACAUGGACGAAAAAGCUGGAAGCAAUAUCGUAGACGUUGGAGUAGAUUUAUCCGAAUUUUACAUGUCAGUCGAAUGGGAUAUUUUAGAAGUACCAGCAGUGAGGAAUGAAAAGUUUUACACGUGCUGCGACGAACCCUAUUUGGAUAUCACCUUCAACAUUACAAUGAGGAGGAAAACGUUAUUUUAUACAGUUAACAUAAUCAUACCGUGCAUGGGAAUCUCGUUUCUGACAGUGCUGACUUUCUACUUACCUUCAGACAGUGGGGAAAAACAUAUGUGUUACCGUUGUAGUUCUUAAUGUACACUUCAGAUCACCACAAACACACCGAAUGUCUCCAUGGGUAAAACGCGUUUUUAUUCACAUUUUACCGAGGCUACUGGUAAUGAAAAGGCCACAGUAUGUUUUCGACACACACAGCAAAUUUAUAACAAACAGCCUACUCACAACUAGUGGGACAAACAUUUCAUCGUCUUGCAUGUAUCCAUACCAUACAACUGUGCGAAGGCCCAGCACGAGUCCGAAGCAAAGGAUACCUCCUUCGUCUAGCAGAACACCAUCGAGAGAAAAUAUUCCACACAGGUGAAAGAAGAUUGGAAGUAUGUUGCCAUGGUUCUCGACCGACUAUUUUUAUGGAUCUUUACGCUAGCGGUACUUGUAGGUACAGCCGGCAUAAUUCUUCAAGCUCCAUCUUUAUACGACGACAGAACACCUAUCGAUAAGAAAUUCAGUGAAUUUGCAACUACACUUGUAAGAUGUCCGCCACCGUAAUAAAUCUAAGCGAUUUCUUUGAAACCAGCCGUUUAAAAUAAGUUUGUGUAGGUACUGUAUGAAUCAAUUUGCUGUUAACGACCAGUUGAACUAAAUCUGUUGUGUAGAAUUAACAGAUUGAAAUAAGCUGCGCUAAAGAAGUGAAUAUAGAAAGUAACAGGUUUAUUUAUUUUUAUAUUUUGGGAGAUAUGUAGUUGCUUCUAUUCUUUAGUUAUGAAGCACAACAAAGCUUUGAUGUAUGUGAAAAUGGUAGAAAAACUAGAAAACAAUGUCAAAUAGUGUACACCACAACGAAAACCGUUCAUGACAAAACUUUAUUUUUAAAUAAAAUUGUUGAGUUAUUCAAACGCUUAUUCCAGCAGAAAGUGGCUGAUUGAUUUGCAUUGCACAGCACUUUUGUAAAUUUUAACAUUCGGUGUAUCCCGCGCACAAAUGGAAUAUAAAGAGGAUCGAUAAGAUAGGACGAAGGCAAAAACUUAAAAACACAACAGAAACGGAAGCAGUCCUUAUUGCAAUUGCGAAAAUUAAUUAACACACUAAUAACAACAAAACAUUGUAAAUUGUAAAACAACACGAGGAAAAUUCGAAAGGAAUAUCUCACAUCUUAUGUAAAGUGUGAAGCCAAAAAAUUCGGAAUUAUAAUAGUAACGAAAAACUUCAUUUUACUUGGAUUACAAUAAUACAAUAAAAUAGCAUCAAAAGAAUGCAUAAUUGAGAGAAUCUUCGAAAAUAUGAUGAAACUAAUGGAUAAUAUCACGUCCUGCUUCCAGGCAUUUUGAUACGACCUCAAAUUAGUGAACAAAAAUGGAUGUUUGAUUUAUAUACGACUGGCUGAAAUACGCAAAAAAUGUCUUGGUUUAACGUAAUCACGCAGUAAAUAACAGAAAACAUAAUUCAUCAUUUCUCAGCUUGUAGCUCAGAUCAUUGGAUACACCGUCAAAUUCGUUUUUUUCGGUAAUAAUAAAAAAUGGAGCAAAACAAUAAAUGUAGCACUAUUGAAAGGCAAUAAUUUUAUAUCACAUAUGUAGAAGUUUUAUAGACUUACGUAGUCGAAUGAUUAUGAAAACACGUUUACUUGUGAAAUUUAGCAGAAGAUAGACUAAAUAAAUUAUAAGGUAAUAAAGUGUUCAGUCGUCCCACUUGUAUAACAAAGUGACAUAAAACCCAUGCUUAUGACAUUUUGAAAACGUUUGCCAUCUACCUGAAUAUUUGAUAUUUAGAAAAUUUUAUAUACAUUUACGCAAACGUCCUACUUUGGAAAAAACCCCAAAGUUGACUCGGUAUUUUAUUAUUGUAAGACUCAAUAAAGUGUGCUCACCAAAUAGCUCAAUAGUGAGAUUUACUAAAUGCAAUGUGUUUCAAUACUAAAUAACUUGCUGAGUUGUGACUAACAGGUCAUGAUCAACGGUAAAACAAAGAGUACUAAUUCUGCCCAGUUUACGUAUUGGAUUUAGUAUAUCUGAUCUAUUAAUUUUAUUGUAUAAAAUGUAUUUUAGAUCAAUUUAAGAAAAUACUACAUAACUGUUUUAUUGAAAUCUUCGGACCAAACUAUUUUUUUUCAACAAAGACAUACAACAAAAAGGAAACAAAAUUGAAUAAACUUGUCAAAUGACCCUAGAAUUGGUUGAAAUUGACAUCAGUUAGUCUUGAGACAAAUACGAAUCUCUCUCAUGGCAAAAUUGGACCGAAAUUUGACAUAACAAAAUUGGGAAACAUUUCGAAAACUUUUCCCCAAAAUGUUACAUGUUUUUAGAAAAUCGUCAAUUGCUCGCUUAUUAUCGAUCGUAGCUAAAAAGUUAACUUUUCUUGGCAGUUAAGACAGCCGAUCGACGAGACUGACUAGAUUGAGCUGAGCUCUUUUGGUUACCGAGAAAUUUGCAUUUGUUUUUUGAAAAUCAUAUAUUCGAGAUUUUCUCGCAAACUAUGAAAGCUGAAAAAUUGAAAAGAUACUGUUUGAUCAUGCCCGAUGAGCCUGAGAGUUCAUAAAAAACAACUGUUGUCGACAGGAAUCUUUCUUUUUCAGAAAAAAAAUAAAAUGUUAAAAUUUUUAAAAAUUGACAAGGGGUUUGUGCGAAAUAUUUUUCUCGAACUAUUCCUUGACAUGUGGUUAGAUAUGGGAAAGUUACAUGAUAAAUCAACUUAGGUCGCGUCAAAAAAGUUUUUUCUGUGAACUACAGAGGGAAGACGAAAAAGUUUGUGCAGGCCCUUAUGGAAGAGAAAUUUUCAAAUAACAUUACAAUUGGUUGAAUUUGACACCAAUUAGUAUUGAGAUAAAUAUGAAUCAACUCCAUUUCAAAUCGAUUCCGUAAAUUGGUAGAAGAAACUCCAUUUAACUCCAGGUAAUGGGUAAAUUGUGGUACCGAUCAACUGAAAUGCUUCCCAAAAAUCAGAAAAUGAUGAUGAAUGGUUAGACAGAAACCUAGCUAAUAGAUGUGGAUUUUUGAAUGCCAUAAUGAGAAACUAUAAGUUUCCGAUUUUGGCCAGACCAUUUUGAAAUCGAUUUUGGGUAUCAAAAAUUAAGGUCCAAAAAUUGGAUAUUGUGAAAUACAUAAAAAAAUUACGAUUAAAAUUCCAAAUUAGCUCGAAUAUGCAAUAAAAAUACCGCAUUCCAUUUAAAAAAAGGUAAGCUUGGUCUGUCACUUGAAUUUGAGACACCCCGUAUCAAUUGGUACCAUCUUUAAAUAAACUAAUCAUUAAUAUCUACAACUUUUCUAUUUGACGUUUUUCUCUAAAUUUCAAAUUAGAUACAUAAACGGGGUGGUCAAAGUUCAAUAGUUCAAUCAAUAACCCUGUCCAUAAAGUGUAGGCCAAAAACAGGACUUUGUUUUAAUCGGAUUAAUGCAGCAAAUUAUUAAAAUUUAACCGAAAGUGUAAGAUUUUUGUUGCGUACUCCGAACAUUUCUAUAAAGUAGUAAUUUGUUAGUAUGAAUAAGAAUAACCGCUAGCACCUUAUGUUGUUAUGAGCAGAGCUCCCUUUUCACUCAAUAGAAACUUACAAGUUAUAAGUUGUUGCCACUAAGUAACUUUUCAGUUUCAAAAAAUCAGGAAUAUAUGUACAUUAGAAUUUAGUAUUGAUGAUUCAAGUGUAUGUAAUACAUUGUAUAGCAGCUUAAAGCCUUCGGAACAUGUGAAUGAUUAUUAUUUUGUCUACUUUGGCCAACCACCAAAGCCUAUAUCAAAGUUACCACAAAUUAAUUUACUUUAAACAAUGUAAAAUAACGGAAGCGUUGUAAAUAAAUAAGUACUUGCUGUUUUGAAGGUUUUUUAAGAUGAUACCUAUUUGAUACACAAAUACCUACGUUAACAAAGUAAAACCAUUAGACCUUAGAAUAAAUACUAGUUCAAUAGACUGCCUAGCAUACAUACAUAUAUUUAUAAAUAAAAAGGGAACAUGUUUCCAGAAUUGGUUUUUUUCAGGCAACUUGCAAAAUACGUUAUUCUGACUAACUAAUUACUAAAAUUGAUAAUUAUUUACAAAGCGCCGUACUAAGCAAGGUAUCAGCAAAACUCCUAUUCUGACUAUUGUAAAUAUUAGAAAAAUAUAUAUACUGUGUGUUAGAAAGUUUUCAAUGGAUUGUAGAUAAUAAAUAUAAAAACGUUGUUUCGAGAAAAAAUAUAAGUACGACCUGUUAGAAUUCAAGGCAAAUUGUUAUACCCAAAGAAUAAAAAUUGUUGCAUGAUUUUUUAAUCCUGCUUAUACAAUAAAUAAAAGGAAUAUAUGUA